AAUGAGAAGCUUUCGGCUGUCAAUGCUCAUUAGUUCUCAUUUGCCUUAAUCAUGUGUUUUGGCAUACAUUUUGCUUGUUUAAAAUGCCCCUCCUACGAAGAUCUGAUAUGUGACCAACAACAUGCAUUUAGUAGUGAAUGUGGGGGACGAGUGGGUAGGUAUUUUAGCACACAGAAUUCCCCACCAGCAUUAAAGAAUUUCUGGUUUCUGCACAACAACAUAUCUAACCACACUGCCAUAAGAGCCGUUGUCUUAAAUAUCAACUUACCAAAAUUGAUAACCCCUCCAAUCAGCCACCGUUGGAUCCGCACUGUCUGACCCACCUCUUUGUCAUCUGCCAUGUCAUGGGCAUCCUUAAAUAUUACUGCUCUGGGAUCAAAGAUGACCAUAACUAAAUUAACUGCUACCCCCUAGCUCUCCUCAACUCUUCUUCAACUUUGGCAUUCAUCAGUCAACAAACCAGCUUUAUUGCCUGCACAAGAUAUCAAAAUUUUCUAGCCUUCUUUCGACUUCACCUUCUUCACUCUCUUCUCAACUCAUAUUCUUCUUUCUUGCCUGAAAAUGGCAGAAAGCCCAGUAAAAUGGGCGUGUUUGAUGCUAACAAGCUAUUUGUUCUUCAAUAUAGUCCUCUCUGCAGACACCCAAUUAGGAAAGAAGACUACUUAUAUUGUUCAAAUGGACAAGUCGGCAAUGCCAAGGUCUUUUACCAAUCACCUCGAAUGGUACUCGUCGAAAGUAAGAUCAGUACUGAUCCAACCUGAACAACAAGGCGAUGCAGGGGAGGAAGACAGGAUAAUCUACAGUUACCAGACUGCUGUGCAUGGUGUUGCUGCUCGGUUGAGCGAAGAAGAAGCUGAGAGGCUAGAGGAAGAAGAUGGCGUAGUGGCUAUAUUCCCAGAGACGAAAUACCACCUACACACCACAAGGAGUCCCGCGUUUCUUGGGCUCGAACCAGAGGACAUCAAUAGCGUCUGGUCUCAAAAACUGUCAGACCAUGAUGUCAUUGUCGGUGUGGUAGACACUGGGAUUUGGCCGGAGAGUGGGAGCUUCAACGAUACCGGCAUGACACCGGUGCCUGCUCAUUGGAAAGGACAAUGUGAGACAGGCAGAGGAUUCGAGAAACAUCACUGCAACAGGAAGAUUGUCGGUGCAAGAGUGUUCUACCAUGGAUAUGAAACUGCUGCUGGGAAAAUUAACGAGCAAACAGAGUAUAAAUCCCCUAGAGAUCAAGAUGGGCAUGGAUCUCACACGGCAGCCACAGUUGCUGGGUCUUUAGUGCGUGGUGCCAACCUUGAAGGAUAUGCUUUUGGGAUGGCCAGAGGAAUGGCACCCGGCGCGAGAAUUGCCGUUUACAAAGUUUGCUGGACUGGUGGGUGCUUCAGCUCGGAUAUUCUGUCGGCGGUUGAUAGAGCUGUGGCAGAUGGAGUCAAUAUCUUGUCGAUAUCUUUGGGUGGUGGCGUGUCUUCUUACUACCGCGACAGUUUGUCCAUAGCAACUUUUGGGGCAAUGGAGAUGGGUGUUUUAGUUUCAAGCUCAGCUGGAAAUGGAGGACCCGAGCCUGCCAGCCUCACAAAUGUGUCACCCUGGAUUACCACAGUUGGUGCCAGCACCAUGGACAGAGAUUUCCCAGCCACGGUUAAGAUGGGAAAUGGCAGAACUUUGAAUGGAGUUUCACUCUAUAAAGGGCGAAGGAUGCUGUCAAUAAACAAGCAAUACCCGGUGGUAUACAUGGGUGGUAACUCAAGCAGCCCCGAUCCAGGCUCCUUGUGUUUGGACGGAACUUUGGAUCGGCGUCUUGUUGCAGGAAAGAUUGUGAUAUGUGACCGAGGCAUUAGUCCUCGUGUGCAGAAGGGUCAGGUGGUGAAAGAUGCAGGAGGGGUGGGAAUGGUUCUUGCAAACACUGCUGCCAAUGGAGAAGAGCUGGUUGCAGAUUGUCACCUUCUUCCUGCAGUUGCAGUAGGAGAAACAGACGGAAAAGCACUCAAGCAUUACGUGAUAACAAGUCCAAAUCCGACUGCAAAUCUAGCCUUUCUUGGUACUAGGCUGGGGAUUCGGCCCUCUCCGGUGGUGGCAGCAUUUUCAUCUAGAGGGCCAAAUUCUCUUACUCUCGAAAUUCUCAAGCCUGAUGUGGUGGCCCCUGGGGUGAACAUUCUUGCCGCUUGGACAGGAGACGCUGGGCCAUCAGGUUUACCAACGGAUCAGCGUAGAGUGAAGUUCAACUUACUGUCUGGAACUUCAAUGUCAUGCCCACAUGUGAGUGGGGUGGCUGCUUUGCUCAAGGCUAGGCACCCAGAAUGGAGUCCAGCAGCAAUAAAAUCUGCCCUUAUGACAACAGCAUAUGUUCAUGACAACACCCAUGGCCCUCUAAAAGAUGCCUCUGCAGCUUCACCUUCAAACCCAUAUGAUCAUGGAGCAGGACACAUUAACCCAAUAAAGGCCCUUGAACCAGGCUUGGUUUAUGAUAUUGAGGCUCAGGAUUACUUUGAAUUCCUCUGCGCGCAGAAGCUCACUCCAGCUCAGCUGAAAGUUUUCUCAAACAGAUCUUGUGCACACUCUCUUGCCAGCCCAGGGGACUUGAACUACCCAGCAAUCUCAGCCGUGUUCCCAGAGAAAGCAUCCAUCACUACUUUGACAUUUCACAGAACUGCCACCAAUGUCGGCCCUCCAGUGUCCAAUUACCAUGCCAUUUUAUCGCCAUUUAAAGGCGCCUCCCUGCAAGUCGAGCCCAAAACCCUGCACUUCACCAGAAAAUAUCAGAAAUUGUCUUACAAGAUCACCUUCUCUACAGUAUCUCGGCAAACAGAGCCUGAAUUUGGAAGCCUGGUAUGGAAGGAUGGAAUGCACAGGGUGAGAAGCCCAAUUGUUAUCACAUGGCUACCGCCAAUAUGAAGCAUGCAGCACUGGAUUUUUGACAUGGAUCAAUCAAUCUCUAUUGUUCUGCUGCUACAAUAAACAAAUGGGUAUGUGAAGAGCCAAGUAGCUCAAUGAUUUUCAUUGCAAGAAAUGCUUUAACUUUCUCUGU